AUGCUGGAUCUCCUGAUGGAGGAAAAGGCUGGCAUCAUGGUGCGGUCAGAUCUGAGGAAGAACUUCCCCUCGGACGACAGGGCAGCAGAACCCCGUAGUUACUCUGGGCUCAUCCCGCCCUCCUGCCAGUUCCCCGUAAUUUCUAGGGGCUCCAGCCAAGACGCUGCGGCCGGCUCUCCCCGGAGCACGGCCUCAGCCCGGCAGCAGAGGGCGCUCGCGGCCUGCCGAAUGGCCCGCGCGGCGCGCACUGGGCGGAGGGCGGCGCGCGGCAUGGAGGGGCGCGGGGCAUUAGAGGGGCGCGGUGACGGAGGGGUGCGGCGGGAUUGGGCGGCCCAGGGCCCCUCGGCCGAGAUGUGCCUCGAGGGCAUGGAGCCCGCCAGCCACCUCCUCAUGAGGGAGCGCGUGUGGGGGGCAGGACGGUCCUCGCGCCUCCUGUGGGUGCACGUCCCGCCACCAGCCGUGCCCCCGCGUGCCCUCGGCAGCCGUCCCUCCCCGCGCGCUGUCUGUGUGUACACAGGCUUGUUUUCCCUGCCUCGCGGGCCAGGGCUGCGCUCAUAA